AUGCUGCUGCACGUCUUGCUUCGGUCGGCGCGGCGUCUGCCCCUAGUGGGCGACGCCGCUCUGGCAAGGGCAAGGGGAGCAAGGGUGCGGGUGGAGCUGGAGGGGGCGGUGGAGGUGGCGGUGGAGGCGACGAGGGGAGUGGGGGUGGCGGCGGGAGUGGUGGAGGGGGUGGUGGUGGUAGUGGUGGCAGCGGCGGCGGAGGCGGCGGAGGUGGCGGCAGCGGUGGUGAUAGCGGCUGCGGUGGCGGUGGAGGCGGUGGAGGGGGCGGAGGAGCAGGCGGUGGUGGCGGAGGGGGUGGAGCUGGUCGGGGUGGUGUGUCCCAGGUAG